UACUUUUUUUUUGUGCUUUUCCUUUUUUUGAGGAUAAGUCUGAUUAGCGAAGCACAAAGGGAAUAAGAGAAAUACGAUAAAUUAGGAAAUAUCUGACUCUCUGGUCUGAAAAUAAAGAGAUUGAUACAUCAACCGAAUAACCAUUUUUCAUGUCUUUUGUCGUUUGUUAGUGCUUAAUCUCUCUGUCUAUCUUCCUCCUAUUUCCAUUUUCCGGCAAAUCCAUCUUUUUUGGGAUUCUUAUGCUUUUGGGAAAAUGGUGAGAGGAAAGGUAGAAAUGAAGAGGAUUGAGAAUGCAACAAGCCGGCAAGUGACUUUCUCUAAACGGCGAAAUGGAGUAAUGAAGAAAGCUUAUGAGCUAUCAGUUCUUUGUGAUGCUGAAAUUGCUGUCAUCAUUUUCUCACAGAAAGGAAGACUUUAUGAAUUCUCCAGCUCCAGCAUGCAAAAGACCGUUGAUAGAUAUCGUGAAUAUGCAAAAGAAACGCUGAAGAACAACAACGCCUUUGAAGUGGAGCAGCGGAUGAAGCAAUUGAAGGAAGAAGCAGCAAACAUGGCAAAGAAGAUAGAGAUCCUAGAAAUUUCCAAACGGAAGCUUAUGGGGCAAGGUAUUGGAUCAUGUUCAAUGAAUGAACUUCAAGAGAUCGACAAUCGGCUGGAGAGAAGCCUGAAGAACAUCAGGAUGAGAAAGUCUCAAUUAUUCAAGGACAAAAUACAACGGUUAAGAGACAGGGGAAAGCUAUUGCUUGAAGAAAAUGCAAGAUUAUCUGAAAAGUGUGGACUAAGGCCAAGGCAGGCACCAUUAGAACCACAGGCUACCCAAACACGAUCAGCCCAAGCCCAACAGAAAGAAAUGGGAAGCUGUAGCCAUGAAAUCCAGAAUUCAGAUGUGGAGACUGAUUUGCUUAUUGGCCUUCCCAACAUUUGUUGGUCGUAGCUUCUGGAAACUAAAAUAUCGAAGUUAUAUUAUUGACCUCUACCAUGUUAGUUAUGUAUACAUACUUGUACUAUUUUUUGUUAGCAUAUAUAAUAAUGGUUAGCUUUGCUCAAAUUCUGUACAACUGUACAAGCAUAAAGGCAUGCAAAUUCAACAAAUAAGGUAUGCGGAUACGAGUGCAAGAUCUCUUUUCUCCUUUUUCCCUUUUCAGCUUCUAGGCAAAUGUAUCUCUUAACAACGGUUGUAAAGAAGCAUAACUUAUGGCAUAAUAAUAUAAUCUCCUCUUUUUCUACAA